AUGUCAAGCUCUUCAAAUUCAAUUCAAGCCAAAGAUGACACAAUUACGAGCGUCUCUGCGAUCAGAGAGACACACGAUGGCAGUGAGCCUCUACGUGAUGUUUCAGGUGACGUUAUUGAGGACGGUCUCCGGAGAGGUCUGAAGGGUCGUCAGUUUAUGAUCAUCGCGUUGGGUAGUAUCAUCGGACCUGGAUGUUUCUAUGGACUGGGUUAUGGCAUCUAUGAAGCUGGCCCGUUGGGUUUGCUUAUUGGAUUCUCCGUCGUUGGAGCCUCAAUGUGGAUAUUGAUGCAGAGUGUUGGUGAAGUAGCUACUCUGUUCCCCGUUCAUGGUGGAUUCGUUGAGCACUGUGACCGCUUUGUGGAUCCGGCACUCAGUUUCGCUGUAUCAUGGCUGUACUACUUUAUGUGGAGUGUCUUUCUGGCCUCAGACUGGAACAACGCAACCGUAUUCCUACAGUUCUGGAUUCCAGAGACUGCGGUUCCUGUCUGGGCUUGGUAUAUCCUUAUUUUCGUCUUCUUCUCAAUCCUCACGACCAUGGGAGUUAACUUCUAUGGAGAGAUAGAGUAUUAUUUUGGCAUGUUCAAGUUCCUGUCGCUAGUUGUGCUCUUCUUUAUCUCUAUCCUCGCCAAUGUUGGUGCAUUUGGUAAUGGAUAUGUCGGGUUUCGAUACUGGAAAACGCCUUACGGCCCCAUUCAAAAUGGAAUUAAUGGCUUUGGCCAGGUCUUCGUCAUGGCCGCUGCAUACUACGUUGGAACUGAGAUCGUCUCUGUCGCAGCAGGCGAGUCUAAGAACCCCCAGCGUGACGUUCCCAGAGCUACAAACUCUAUUCUUUACCGAAUCCUCUUCGUGUUUAUCGGAAUGUCUUUCUUCCAAGGCUUGAUCUGUCCUUCUACAUCAGACGAUCUAGUUCACCCAGGGUCCAAAACGGCCUCGUCCCCUUUUACCAUCGGCUUCACCCUUGCCGGGUGGAAGUCAUCUGCUCAUUUUGUCAAUGCGAUCAUUCUCAUUGCAUUUGUGUCUGCAGCCAACGGUGUCGUGUACAUUCAAUCUCGGACUCUGUACUCGCUGGCCUUGAAACGCAAAGCACCCUCGUUUUUCGCAAUCACAACUGCCAGAGGAGUUCCUUACGUGGCUAUCCUUUUCUCAAACUUGUGGGGCUUCCUUGGUCUCAUGUCCUUACAAACAACAGCGGGCAGCCUCUUCUCAUACUUCACCUCCUUCGGCGGAACAGCCGCUUAUAUAGCCUGGGCUGUGAUUACAUUCGUACAGCUUAGAGUCCGCGCUGCCGCCAAACGGAAAGGCAUUGAUGUCAAGACCUUCCCGUUCAAAGCACCUGGUCAUAUCUCGAUCUAUUGGGGCAACUUCUUUUUCAAUAUUUUCUUACUGCUGAUUCAGGGGUUCACAGUCUUUGAGACUCCAUUCAACUAUCAGUUGUUCAUUGCCUCGUAUAUCAGUAUUCCGGUUUUCUUUUUGAUGUUUGUUGGGUAUAAGUGGUGGUUCAAGACUAAGUGGGUACCCCUUGACAGCAUUGACUUUUCAGGAAGACUCCAACUUUCCUCUGAAGAGCAGGACGGUAUGCAGAAAAGACCGUUGGGCCGCAAGAUUUUGGAUGUGUUCAAGGACUAG